GCCGCACUAAGUAAUAUUUUAUUGUAGGUGAUUUUUUUUGUUGGAGCAGAGGUUUAGAAUCGUGUCGCAGUAAUUUCUGGUUCUCCAACUGUUUGUGAUCUGAAUUAAUUUCGGGUGUCUUUUAUGAAUAAUCAAAAGCAGCAAAAGCCAACGCUAACCGGCCAGCGUUUUAAAACUAGGAAAAGAGAUGAAAAGGAGAGAUUUGACCCUACUCAGUUUCAGGAAAGUAUUGUUCAAGGUCUGAAUCAAACUGGCACUGAUUUGGAAGCAGUUGCGAAGUUCCUUGAUGCCUCUGGCGCCAAACUUGACUACCGUCGCUAUGCAGAGACCCUCUUCGACAUCCUGGUGGCUGGCGGAAUGCUGGCCCCGGGUGGUACUCUGUCUGAUGACAUGACCCGAACGGAGUUCUGUCUCUUCACUGCACAAGAGGACCUGGAGACCAUGCAAGCGUAUGCUCAGGUUUUUAACAAACUAAUCAGGCGUUACAAGUACCUGGAGAAAGGGUUCGAAGAGGAGAUCAAGAAGUUGCUGCUGUUUUUAAAGGGUUUCACUGAGUCGGAGCGCAACAAGUUGGCGAUGCUAACAGGCAUCCUCUUGGCCAAUGGAAACAUAUCUGCCUCCAUUCUGAGCAGUCUCUUCAACGAGAACCUUGUCAAAGAAGGCGUUUCGGCCGCCUUUGCUGUGAAGCUGUUCAAAUCAUGGAUCAACGAGAAGGACAUUAACUCCGUCGCUGCCAGUCUGCGCAAAGUUGGCAUGGACAACAGGCUGAUGGAGCUGUUCCCAGCCAACAAGCGGAGCUGUGAGCACUUCUCAAAGUACUUCACGGACGCCGGGCUUAAGGAGUUGUCUGACUUCGCCCGGAACCAGCAGUCCAUUGGCGCUCGCAAGGAGCUUCAAAAGGAGCUCCAGGAGCAGAUGUCACGCGGGGACCCGUUUAAAGACAUCAUUGCCUACGUGAAGGAGGAGAUGAAGAAGACCAGCAUCUCGGAGCAGACGAUGAUCGGCAUCGUGUGGACCAGCGUGAUGAGCUCCGUAGAGUGGAAUAAAAAAGAGGAACUGGUAACUGAACAAGCCAUCAAACAUUUGAAGCAAUACAGCCCUCUCCUGAAGGCCUUCACCUCCCAGGGCCUCUCAGAACUCACCCUCCUGCUCAAAAUCCAGGAAUACUGCUAUGACAACAUCCACUUCAUGAAAGCUUUCCAGAAGAUCGUGGUGCUUCUCUAUAAAGCGGACGUUUUGAGCGAGGAGGCCAUUCUGAAGUGGUACAGCGAAGCUCAUGUGGCAAAGGGAAAGAGUGUGUUCCUGGAGCAGAUGAAGAAGUUUGUCGAGUGGCUCAAAAACGCCGAGGAAGAGUCCGAGUCUGAGGAAGAAGAAGCGGACUGAAGGCUGAAAUGAAUAUGUGUGUUUUAAAAUAAAGUAGCAGCAGGAGCAGUAGAACGUUUUGUUACAGAAGUGCUUGUCUUUCUAUUUUUUUUUUUUUUUCCUUUUUUUUUUUUUCUAUUCUACCUCCUAUAUUUUCAGCCGUAACAUUUAGAUGUAAUUUAAGGGCUUGGUCAUCCCAGUGAUUUUUAACUCCGUUUUCUAAGCUAAUAAAGUUUACACUUCAAAUGGCAUCAGUGGGUGAACCCAAUGACUAUGAAUUCACAUUUGGAAAUCCUGACAGAUUGACCCUGGCCAAUGUUUUUUUUUUUUUUUAAUUUUUUUAUUCUCACACCCCCCUCAAAAAAAAAAAAAAAAAAAAAA